CAAUCUCAUUCAGUCCAUUUAUUGGCAAUUCGACUUUGACUUGUCUUUUAGCAUUUUCCUGUGAAUUAGUAUAAAAAUCGCCAAAAAAUGGCGAAAAGGAUCGCACAGAGUUCGGUAAACUGGUCGGCUUUAGCUGAAAGGGUUCCCCCUGAGCAGAGAGCUAGCCUUACAGCUUUUAAAGCGAAAUCCGACGCAUAUCUACGAAGAGUCUUGGCCAAUCCUCCCGAGCCACCGAAGAUCAACUGGGCUGUAUACAAGCAAACUGUGCCAAUCCCUGGCAUGGUGGACAGUUUCCAAAAACAAUAUGAAGCACUGAAAAUCCCUUACCCAACUGAUACGCAAACAGUUAAGGUAGAAGCACAAUGGGCUGAAGUCAGGAAAGCAAUUGAAGCUUUCGUUCAGGCGUCCAAUGCUAAUAUUGCAAAGUAUGAAAAGGAAAUCAACACAGUCAAGGCCCUCCUACCUUAUGACCAGAUGACAUUGGAAGACUACCGUGAUGCAUACCCCAACGAAGCCUUGGACCCUAUCAACAGGCCUACAUUCUGGCCACAUGACCCUGAUGAUCAACCUGGGAACUACAAAGCUGAAGCAACCCCAUCUACUCACUAAGCUAAACACCAUUAGGUUCCUUGAUAUGCCAUCAAAAUAUGAUUAACUUGUGGAAUAUUAAUGCAUUGUGAUCCAGCUACAUUGUACGGUAGCUGACUUUGAAGACAUAUCAGGGACUUCUAACAAAAUUAUAAAUCAAUUCUGUUUAUUUAUGUAGGAGUAAAAUGCAAUAAAUAAUACAUUAUGGUGUUUCAA